UGUAUAUAAAUUCAAAUUCCGAAAAAAAAGUUAAAAUACAAAGCAAUUUGUACGCUGUGAAGUGCAUCAAAAUCAACAGUUAGUUGCUCGCAUGUCUUGCCACAAUUAGUGGCAUGCAACAAAAUACCAACAAGUGGCUGCAAGCAAGUCAAGAGCACCGUUUUGAUUGCAUAAAAAUACGGCAAAUAGAAAAGCUGAACCUGAAAUACAUGCAACACAAAAAUCUACAACAACAAAGAAAAACUAAGACUACAAAUCACGAAGCAUCACGAAGAAACAACAACAAACACAUAUUUAGUGCAUUUAAACGCAACUAAACACUUCUAAUUGCAUAAUCAUUAAGCACAUAAAUACAUACAUAUUGCAUAAAAGUGCCACAAAGUGCUUUAAGUUAACGACCUGACUGAGUGUGUCCGUGCGCGUGUGUGUGUGUAUGUUUGUGCAUGUGUUGCGGAUAUAUGUAAAGGAGAAAAAAAAUGUUUAUGUUGAAAAUGUUCCAAUUACGUCAAUUACAAUUUAUUCUAAUAAUAAUUUCCUGCCUACUGUUGAACGUUACAACAACUACAACAACAACAGAAGCAAAUACAACAGCAAAAGUAGCAACAGCAUCUACGCCAGUGACAAAACAUGGCUUGGCUGAUGUUGCAACAUCGGAGGCGCCCACCGUCGCCGCAUCCAUCGUAAUUCCCGGAAAAUAUUAUGCCUACACACAACAACACUUUCCAACAGCGAAAAAGGUGCAUGUGUCAGCAACAGCAGCUCGUCAUAAUCAUCAUCAGCAACAAAAACAUUCACAGCAACAAUUGCAACAGGAGCAAAAACGGCAAUAUAAACAUUAUCAACAGCAACAGCAUCAACAACAACAGCAGUAUCGGCAACAACGUGUGGAUGUUGUCAAACCUGCUGCGCUUCCAAGCACCAAAUUGAAUCCCAUCAGAAAUUGGUUUGGCAUAUUUAAUCGGAAUAACGCACAAGCGUCGGCAGCGGCGUCCAUAGCACAUGAUACAACAACAACAACAACAUGCAAUUGCAGAUGUGGCGAGCGCAACGACGAGUCGCGCAUUGUUGGCGGCCAGACUGCCGGUGUUAGUGAGUACCCUUGGAUGGCGCGACUCAGUUACUUCAAUCGUUUCUACUGCGGUGGCACACUGAUCAACGAUCGCUACGUACUCACCGCCGCACAUUGCGUUAAGGGUUUCAUGUGGUUUAUGAUUAAAGUGACCUUCGGCGAGCACGAUCGCUGCAAUGAUAAAGAGCGACCCGAAACACGUUUCGUGCUACGUGCCUUCAGUCAAAAGUUCAGUUUCUCCAAUUUCGAUAACGAUAUCGCCUUGCUGCGUCUGAAUGAUCGUGUGCCCAUAACGAGUUUCAUUCGACCAAUUUGUUUGCCACGCACCUUCGAACGCAAUGAUCUUUUUGUCGGCACCAAAGGUAUAGCCACAGGUUGGGGCACGUUGAAGGAAGAUGGUAAGCCAUCGUGUUUGCUGCAGGAGGUGGAGGUGCCAGUGUUGGAUAAUGAACAUUGCGUCGCGCAAACUAAUUAUACACAAAAGAUGAUUACGAAGAAUAUGAUGUGCGCCGGUUAUCCGGGUGUGGGUGAGCGUGACUCUUGCCAGGGUGACUCGGGUGGUCCGCUGGUGCGUAUGCGUCCUGAUGAUAAACGUUUCGAACAGAUUGGCAUCGUGUCGUGGGGUAAUGGUUGCGCAAGGCCCAACUAUCCGGGUGUUUAUACGCGCGUCACAAAGUAUUUGGACUGGAUAAUGGAGAACUCGAAGGAUGGCUGUUUCUGCGAUGAAGAUGAUUGAAGAUUGCGAGGUCGAGUUGUGAGGGCGUGAAAAGAAUUAACUUAAAAGGUUUUGUGACUCGAUUAUGCUUAAGGGGGUUCCAAAGUAUGGCAAAAAAACGUUUUCGUAAGGGGGUUCAUUUAUUUUGUAGUCGAUUAUUGUGUACUUAAUUAAAAUAAAAUUUUAU